AAAACACCCCGAGCUGCACAGCACGGUGGCGCAGCGGCCAUGUGGCGACUGGGGCGCCUUCCGAUGGCGAGGAGGCUGUCCGUCAGGAUGUUUCAUCAGCUUCCAACGCCCUGGAGACAGGCGCGUCUUCCGGCACGACUUCCGGCCAUGGCCCCGGUGCGGCGGUACUUUAGUGUGGAGAUCAAGAUUGAGGACUUUGGGGGCGAGAGCAUCACGGAGGGAACCAUCAUGGAAUGGCAGAAGAAGGUGGGGGACUUCUGCGCCAAAGAUGACAUCCUGGUGCUCAUCGAGACCGACAAGGUCACCAUUGAGGUCAAGGCGCCUGAGAAUGGCAUCUUGGAGAAAAUCGUGGCAGAGGUAGAUGCCACAGUGGAGAAAAACGCGCUCCUGGCCACCUUCAGUCCAGGUGGUGAACCGCCCCCGGCUGCUGCGGCCGCCUCGCCCGCGCCCGAAACCCCCGCGGAACCGGCCGUGGCACCAGCCGCAGCACCCGCGACGCCGGCGGCAGCGCCCGCGGCGCAAGCAGCGGCGCCAAAGGCGGCACCCAAGGCGGCGCCGAAGCCAGCGAAGCCCGGGAAAGCUGGUCCCGUGGAGGGCUUUUGGAUGGCUCCAUGGCGACGCCAAUGGUAUCCCUGAGAGGCUGCUGUGUGAUGAAUGUCGAGCUGUUCCUGCACUUCUGCUCAAUAUUUGCGUAUUCUGCAUCACAUGACUAGUUGAAGAUUGAGCAGCAACCCAAUGGCCUAAAGGGCCACUGUAAGCGUCUUGGGGCUUCCCGUUGUCCUCAGCCCCAAAUGUGGAGCUUGUAAUAUCGCUUGGAUCGCUUGGGUAAAA